AUUCGAACAACUCGGAUUUUGGAUUAUGUUCGUAGUUAUUUAGAUUAAGACUUUUAAACGAGUAAUGUUCACACGAUUUUUUUCUUGGUGUUUUGUAUGAUAUUGUGAACAAUAAUAUAUCACAAUUUUAAUCGGGAAUUCAAAUGCAGAGCUGAAUUGCAUUGGAACAAGUCCAGCAUACCUUCAGAAACUCUAUUUUUAGUAUAGCUAUACCCUCAUUUCUCCAUCAAAUAAGGGUCUCUUCCAACUGGUUUUUGCUUAGUCUGAAAAACCCUUCCUGCUUUUCUUCAUAUCGCCAAUGCCAAACGAAUAUUGCAUUAGGUCAAUCAACUGUGUCGUUGCCGCCACGUCCGUGUGCAGAAAAGUGAACAAAGGAAACUAGUCAGUCGUUACUCCUGCUUCAGAUAUCACCAGCGGUACUGCAUAACCUUCUAGCUGCCCAUCACUAGAUGCAAAGAUCACGUGACAACUUCGUUUGCACAGAUGAACGUUAAUAUAGGCGGUGUAAUUUCGGUGGCCCUGUUUUACUGUUUGAUCCUUGCUGUCGGCAUCUGGGUCGGAUGGAAGCAAAAGAGGAAGUUCGAGCGAAUGCGGGUCGUAAGCGGCGCCAACCGGUCCGAGAACAUUAUGCUAGCUGGACGUGACAUGGGAUUAUUUGUCGGAGUUUUGACUAUGACGGCCACAUGGGUGGCGGGAGGUUACAUCAACGGAACUUGCGAAAGCGCUUUCACCGGUGGCUUUCUCAAGUGUUCCACAAUGGCUUUUGGAUAUUCCAUGAGUCUUUUACUUGGUGGAAUGUUUUUCGCCAAACCGAUGCGCAUGGCUCAUAAAGGUCGAGGAUACGUUACCAUGCUCGAUCCGUUCCAGGAGAAAUACGGAUCCCGUGUUGGUGGACUAUUGUUUUUGCCUGCCUUGUGUGGAGAGAUAUUCUGGUCCGCCGCUAUCCUCUCAGCUCUAGGAUCCAUUUUCACCGUUAUGUUGGGACUGGACAAUACUCUUUCGAUAAUUAUCAGCGCAGCUGUAGCUGUUACCUACACACUGUUUGGUGGCCUUUACAGCGUUGCCUAUACGGAUGUCAUUCAGCUCGCCUGUGUCCUCUUUGGCCUGCUAUUCUGCAUUCCAUUUGUUUGGACUCAUCCAGCUGUUGACCACGAGGCUAUGAGCCAAGUGGACUGGUUGGGCACCAUUCCACUGUCUUCUGUUGGUAGCUACGUCGAUAUUUAUUUGCUCAUCAUCCUUGGUGGCAUCCCUUGGCAAGUGUACUUUCAGCGGGUGUUAGCAUGUCGUUCUCCUCAACAGGCGCAGUACCUGUCCUACAUUGCAGCCUUUGGCUGCCUUAUCCUGGCCGUCCCACCGGCCAUUCUGGGUUCCGUUGCUCGUGUUACUGAUUGGAAAAACGGGACGGAGUAUGGCCAAGACAUCACGACACCCGAAGAAAUCAAAUCGAUUCUACCGUUGAUUCUUCAAUACCUGACGCCAAAGUGGGUAUCGUUUAUCGGUCUCGGCGCCGUGUCGGCAGCCAUUAUGUCGUCAGCAGAUUCGACCGUGUUGUCCACUAGCUCCAUGUUUGUUCAUAACAUCUACAAAACUGUAUUUUUUCCCAAAUCUUCCGAGCAUCAUUUAGUCCACGUUAUGUGGGUUUCAAUCGUCGUAUCAGCAGGUCUUGGCACUGUAAUGGCUAUUACAGUCAACACUAUCUAUGGGCUGACAUAUCUGUGCGCCGAUGUGGUCUACGUGGUUCUAUUCCCUCAACUCCUCCUUGUCAUUUACGCAGGAGACUAUACCAACACUUACGGAUGCAUAACUGCUUUCGUAACAGGCUUUACCCUCAGGGUUUUAAGCGGCGAGCAACUUCUAAAUCUUCCAGCAGUCUUAAAAUUUCCAUUCUACGACGAAGAAACUCUGGAACAACGAUUUCCUUUCCGCACGUUUUUAAUGCUUGCAUCAAUUGUGCUGCAGUUGAUUGUGUCAGCUGUCGCCAAAAAUGUCUUCGUUCAGGGCUAUUUGUCUCCAAAGUAUGAUGUCUUCAAGUGCUUUGAUAGCAAUAGUUCAAUCAUCGUUGCGAUUGACAGUAAAUUAAAUUCGGGUGAUGCUAAGGAUAUUGAUGAGGAGACGUUCUUUUUGAACGAUUCCCAACCCAUUCCUCUACGCCAAAGCUCAAAAUGAUCAUGUGAUGGCAUAUGUAAUUACACAUCAAAUUUUUAAUGCAAUAUGACGCCAAUUGGGCAAUCCAGAGCUUAAUUUGUUUCUAUGUGUUUAAUAUACGGAAACGUUAAGAAAUGA